AGUCUUGAUCAGGUUUUGACCCUUUUUCCGCCCCACCGCUUGUUCUUUUUUGUCUUUUUAACGCAUUCUGUCGCAAAGAGGGCUGAGACCCAAGCGGCUUUGGGACCAAUCUAAUGACCAUUUUCUGGGGUGGGGAAGUAGCCGGCACGUGGGUGCCUUAGCCACGUGUUCCCUGGUUUCACCUUUAGGGUCCCAUCUGGAUUGCUCGCGUCUCUGCCCCACUUCUAGUACUAUAAGAUUAGCUGCGCGCGUUUAAUGGAGUGUUAGCUCUACCCUAGGUGCCUCAGAUAUGGCUCAACAGGAGGCUACAUCCCUGGAAGAACCUGUGGUCCGGGCCCAGCGGUUCCGGUUCUCUGAGGAGCCAGGACCCGGAGGGAAAAGGGCGGUUCUGGAGGUCCACAUUCCCCAGGUUCUCCAUUUCCAGUAUGGCAUGUAUGUCUGGCCUUGUGCUGUGGUCUUGGCUCAAUACAUUUGGUAUCACAGAAGUAAUCUGACUGGCAAAAAUGUAUUAGAGUUUGCUGUUUCAGAUUGGAGCAGGGGUGAGUCUCCCUGGCAUAGUAGCAGCAAAAUGUGGUGCGGAAGUAAUAUUGUCUGACAGCUCAGAGCUACCUCAUUGUCUAGAAAACUGUCAGCAAAGCUGCAAGAUGAAUGACCUACCCGAUAUACAUGUUACUGGGCUCACCUGGGGUCAGAUCUCUCCAGAACUGUUAGCUCUACCUGCCUUGGAUAUCAUUCUGGCCUCUGAUGUAUUUUUUGAACCAGAAGACUUUGAAGAUAUUUUAACUACAGUGUACUACCUAGUACAAAGGAACCCUCAUGUUCAGUUGUGGACUACUUACCAAGUUCGAAGUGCUGAGUGUUCACUUGAAGCUUUGCUCUACAAGUGGGAGCUGCAAUGUAUCCACAUUCCUCUGGAGUCUUUUGGUGCCGACAAAGAACAUCUAGCAGAAUCUGCCCUUCCAGGAAGACAUACUGUUGAAAUGAUGAUCAUUUCUUUGGCAAAGAAUGUCCUCUGAAGUGUUCCUAUGUCUCCAGCAAUUAAGUCCUAUAUGCUUCUUUUGAACAACAUCACAAUUCUGUUUAGUGUGCUUGCUGCAUAAUAAAGCCACCAACAAGCCCACCCUUCUCAGUAGGAACCAGGAAUAAAAAUUUGCAGAGUAUUAUGUAAAAAAAAAAAGAAAGAAAGAAAAAAAGAAAAAGAAAAAACCCUAAGUUGCUAACCAUUUUGAUGUUUAUUCACUUGGCUCGGAUAAAAUAAAGCUUUAGUGUAAACCAAA